AUGAAGUCGCUGCGCUUCCUUGCAGCCGAGGGCUUCGUCCAGACUGGUUCGAAUGCUCUAAGGGACCUUGGCUGUGUGUCGUUUAACCUCUACCCACUUCUCUUCAAGGCCUGCUACCUGAAUGAAAAGGCCGAACUGCUGCGUGCUUUGGUCCAGACAUGGCCUCUUCCAGAGCUCAGCAUGCAAAGGCUCCUGGGGAAGUCCACAGACUGUCAGGUGGACCUCACCUCCUGCACCUGCCGGCUGUGUCUACAAGCUGUUCUAACAGGUCUAAAGGAUUAUGUGCUAUCUCCUCCAAGAACUUAUGCCAAGACUUUGCAUGUGGUGGACCUGACUGCUCUUAAAGACACUGAGCAUCAAUCCUGUCCAUGCAAGUCUUCUCUGGGUCGAUGGGCCAGAACCCAGCUCCUGACCGAGAUGUGCUAUGAGACAUUGGUGGCCAUGCAGGCCAGCGAGGUGGCCCAAUCUUCCUUUGACACAUCCAUUGACAUCCGUCUGAACGGCUUUGUCACAGGGCGCAACUAUGAGCUGGUAGCACAGGCCUUCCUGCUCCUCCGGUACUGUCCCCUGAAGCUUCGCUUCGUCAGUUUUAGAGCCGAUUCCCUCUCUCUCAAGCAGCUGUUCUACGUUCUUCGCCUGGCGGAGCCUGAGUUCAUCACAAAGCUGGAGGUAGUCCAUAAUGUUCCCCUGGAGGCCAUGCACCUGGAGGUGCUCCUGUCCAGGGUGGAGUUCCCAAAAUUACAGUCUCUAACGCUGCCAGCGGGGGCGCUGGAUGUCAGAAAGUUGGGUUCUGACGAGGAGGAUCUCCUGACAACUAUUGGUAACCUGCUGGGACACAUCAGCAGCCUCACUGAGCUUUAUGUGGGGUUCUCCACACUCACUGGACACCUUCGAAGACUGCUAUAUCCACUCAACACACCACUUCAGCGCCUGGAGCUGGCCAACUGCUGCCUGAACCGCGUGGACAUGACCUACCUGUCCAACAGCCUCCACAGCGAGGCCUUCUCUCACCUGGACAUCAGCGGACAUGACAUCUUCAGCUCUUUCCCCACCGCCUUCCACAAACUGCUGAGCCGCUGCUCAGCGACCGUGACGAGUCUCACUCUCGAGGAGUGUGACAUCACAGAGGAACACGUACCCGCCCUCAUUAACGCCCUGUCUCCCUGUCAGGAACUGGAGGAGCUGAAACUUCUGGGGAAUCCUCUCACCUCUGCAGCCCUGCGGAGGUUAUUCUCCACACUGUCUGCAGGGUUUCCAAAGUUAAAGUACAUAGAGAUGCCUGUACCGCGCGAGUGCUACUCCGAGGAUGUCACUUAUCCUCUGGAAGAGUCAGUGUUGCUGCACUACAACAAGGACCUGUUUCAGGAGAUCAGGAGCCAACUUUUGGGCAUCUUAGAGGGAGCAGAUAGAGGAAGAGUGGAGGUGUGCACCCCGCUCAUGGGAACCUAUGAUCCUGACAUUCACGAAACCAACAAUGAACUCGGGGUUUCCAUGUUAAAAUCUUUUUACAAAGUUAUUGGGAACUUUAUAGGUGCCAUAAAUGACGUAGACAACAGGAGAUCACAAGCUCAAAGUUAUAACUGA